AUGGUGACGGUGGUCAACUCGAAAGCAGAUGUCCUCAAGGCCUCCCAGGCGCUGGCCGUCAACCUCAAUGCAGCGAAAGGGCUGCAGGAGGUGAUGAAGUCAAACCUGGGACCGCGAGGGACACUGAAGAUGCUGGUGGGUGGCGCUGGGCAGAUCAAGAUCACCAAGGACGGAUCAGUUCUGCUCGGGGAGAUGCAAAUUCAGCAUCCCACCGCCUCCAUGAUCGCCAGGGCUGCCAGCGCCCAGGACGAGUUCACAGGAGAUGGGACGACAUCCAGUGUGAUGUUCAUCGGGGAGCUGAUGAAGCUCGCGGAGCAGAGUCUGGCAGAGGGACUCCACCCGCGGCUCAUUGCGGAGGGCUUCGAGCUUGCGCGGGAGGAGACUGUGAAGUUCCUGGACUCCUUCAAGGUCCACCUGGACGACCCGCUCGGCGACCGGGAAAAGCUGGUCUGCGUGUCCAGGACCUCCCUGAGAACGAAGAUCGCCCCCGCUCUGGCGGACCCCAUGGCGGAGGUCGUGGUCGACGCCGUGCGCAUGAUCAAGAAGCAGGGCACCCCGCUUGAUCUCAACAUGGUGGAGAUUCUUCACAUGAAGAACAAGCUCGUGACAGAGACCCGGCUCAUCAAGGGCCUCGUUUUGGACCACGGCGCCCGGCAUCCGGACAUGCCGAAAAGGCUGGAGAACUGUUACAUACUGACCUGUAACGUCUCCCUCGAGUAUGAGAAGAGCGAGGUCAAUGCCGGGUUCUUCUACAGCAGCACGGAGCAGCGCGAGAAGUUGGUGGAUUCCGAGCGGAAAUUCACGGACGAGAAGGUGAAGAAAAUCAUCGAACUGAAGAAGAAAGUUUGUACCGAGGAGAACGGUAGAACCUUCGUCGUCAUCAACCAAAAGGGAGUCGACCCAACAUCCCUCGAGAUGCUGGCUCGCGAGGCUUCAGCGAUGACCCGCACCUCGCCCAAGGGAUCGGUGAUGGCGAUGGUGAUCCUGGCAAUCGCCGUGUGGUCCCUGGCCCCUGGCCUGUCCUACACCGCACCGCCCGGCGGCGGCCUGAACCGGAAGCAGAAGCACGGCAACAUCCGCAACAAGGACAAGCUCCCGGAUGUCUACGAGAUUCCCUUGGAGGAAGAGGAGGUGGAGCCUGAGGCCAAGCCGGAGAUGCCCGACAGGCGCGUGCCCUACUCGAUGCACAUCGUCACGCAGCUCCCGCAGCACAAGCACCUCCAUGAGGAGAGCAACGCGCGGAAGUUCAUCGAGGAUAAGCUGGUGAACUCCCUGGAGAACUUCGAGGAGUUCAUCCGGCACGUGGAGGUCCACCUUCAGGUAUCCCCGCACUUCCACCGGGAGAAGCGUCCGGACAAGGCCCCCAAGAUCAAGACCACCGUGUCCUUGGACGAGGAUGGUGAGGAGGUGCAGGUCGAGGCGCAGCAGGACCCCGGGCACAAGAUGCUGACCCCCUACAUCGUGAAGGCCACCCUGACCUUGGUGAACCACCACAAAGUGGUGCUGACCAACCCUGAGAAGCACGCCCAGCCGAGCCUCACCGAGGCGGUGGACCACAUGAUCGACGUCCUGCGCCACUCCAUGCGGGAGGAGAAGAACCGCAUGAUCUCCGCGAAGAGGAGGGCCCAGGAGAAUGCCCUUCCCGACGACAUGGACCACCUGCUGGAUGAGGACGUGGGCCCCAGCAAGCCCAAAAGGGGCCCUGUAACAUUCUGA